AUGAAUUUCCUCCGGCGGCGUCUCUCAGACAGCAGUUUCGUGGCAAACCUGCCCAAUGGCUACAUGAUGGACUUGCAGCGCCCCGACAGCUCCACGAGCUCUCCGGUUUCUCCUGCCACGGAGAGAAAGCACCUCCAGCCACCCCAGGCCUCCCACUCUUCCUCGACCAGCAGCAGCAUCUUCAGCUCCAUCUCCAGCGCCAUGAAGCAAACCACGCAAGCGGCCGCGGGACUCAUGGACCACUCGGCCGGCCCCGCGCCCCCCGUGGCACAGAAACCCAAGAUCCUCCUGGUGAUCGAUGAUGCACACACGGACUGGGCCAAAUAUUUCCAGGGGAAGAAGGUGAAUGGAGAAUUUGAUAUCCGAGUGGAACAGGCUGAAUUCUCCGAGUUGAACCUGGCUGCUUAUGUCAUGGGAGGCUGCAUGGUGGACAUGCAGGUCAUGAGGAAUGGCACCAAGGUGGUCAGCAGGUCCUUCAAGCCGGAUUUUGUCCUGAUCCGCCAGCACGCCUACAGCAUGGCGCUGGGGGAAGACUUCCGCAGCCUCAUCAUCGGCCUCCAGUACGGUGGGAUCCACACGGUCAACUCCCUCUACUCCAUCUACAACUUCUGCAGCAAGCCCUGGGUGUUCUCUCAGCUCAUUAAAAUCUUCAACUCGCUGGGCCCUGAGAAGUUCCCCUUGGUGGAGCAAACGUUCUUCCCAAGCCAUAAGCAGAUGCUCACAACUCCAAAUUUUCCUGUAGUGGUCAAGCUGGGACAUGCUCAUGCUGGAAUGGGGAAGGUCAAAGUUGAGAACCAGCACAACUUCCGGGACAUGGCCAGCAUAGUAGCCAUGGCAAAAACCUAUGCCACCACCGAGCCAUUCAUUGACUCCAAAUAUGACAUCCGAAUCCAGAAAAUUGGCAACAACUACAAGGCUUACAUGAGGACUUCCAUCUCUGGAAACUGGAAGGCAAACACAGGUUCUGCAAUGCUAGAACAGAUUGCAAUGACAGAGAGGUACAGACUCUGGGCAGAUGCCUGCGCAGAAAUGUUUGGAGGUCUUGAUAUCUGCGCUGUCAAAGCUGUCCACAGCAAAGAUGGAAAAGACUAUAUCAUUGAGGUGAUGGACAGCUCAAUGCCCCUGAUUGGGGAGCACAUAGAAGAGGACAGACAACUUAUAGCUGAUCUGGUUGUCUCCAAAAUGACUCAGCUUGUCAUCACUGCUGGAUCUACACCAUCACCACUGAGGCCUUGGCCUCCUCAAGUUCAGCCUGUGUCAAUGAAAUCUCAGACUGGACCUCUGCUUGGACAACUGUCACAACCACGGCCUCCUCCACAAGGUGGGCCACGCCAGCCACAAGGAUCUCAGCCUCCACGGACAAACGCGCCCCCCCAGCAGCGGCUGUCUCCUCAAGGACAACAGCCCCAGAGUCCCCAGUCCACUUCUCCUCAGCAGAGGUCACCUGGAUCUCCACAGCAAGCCCGAUCAGCAGCUGGCUCCUCUCCAGUCCAGGCCUCCAAGGCAGGCGCUUUCCCUCCACAGCAGCCGAGGCCUCCUGCCCAAGGCCGGGCUCCCGGCCAGCCCAGCCCCAUGGAAAUGUCCAAGCAGCAAACCACCCCACACCCACACCUGAACAAAUCACAGUCCCUGACAAACAGCUUCAGCAUAUCUGAGUCAUCUCAGCGAGGAAAUGCCACUGAAGAUGAAGCAAAAGCUGAGACCAUCCGCAACCUGAGGAAAUCAUUUGCUAGCCUGUUUUCUGAUUAAUAGUCCUGCAGCUGGAUCUGUGCUUUUGUCAGCCCUCACUCUACAUUAUGUCAUACCUGAUGUCAUCCUGGAAUACACUCAGUGAACCCAGCAAUUUACAACUAACACCUGGUAAAGGGAAUUUAGAAAACUGUAGUUGUUUUAAUACAAAGAAAAUAUCUGAAUAACAGUCUGAAAAGUGACUGUAUAAAAGUGUCACUAUUUCAUUGGGUUUUGUGCAUAAUCAGAAUCACAUCUGUUCAAAUGACUGAGUCGUAAAGCAAAUUUUACUCUUGCUAACCCCUGUGGAGUCAACACAGUUACGACAGUGAAAAUUGGGUUUUAUUUUGAUAUGUAUAUAGUCAAUACAAUUGUUAAUUUCCAAUUACUGAAUUCUUGUUAAGUUCAAGCUAAAAAAAAAAAAAAUCAGGCUUCUUCCAGAAACACAAGUGCUAAGACAGAGUCAAGAAUAUGACUGACAAAGGAAGCAUGCUUGAGCAUCCAGUGAACUGCAGAAUUUCAUUACAGGAACUUCAUAAAAGGUCACUUUCCAGAGCAAAACUAUGUUCAAGAUAAAUGCAGUUCCAGGCAUCAGUAAGCACCAAAGAUCACACAAGCAGGUCAGCCAGAUGGACUGCUGCUUUGUUCCAGAUCACUCUGCUCAUAGCAGAUAAAACAUCUCUGUCUCAUGCCUUGCAUUUAUGUCCCCUGUGUGUGAUUCCCAAGUUCUGGGAGAAAAAUGUCAUGUUCUAACCCCGUAGCCUUAGUUCAAAAAUAACCUAAGAAAUGGGUCUUCCACACAAAAAACAACUUCUUCCCCUGCCCCUGAAAACACCAGAGUUCACAUUCACAGUUCACACAAAUUCCAGACAAAACCCA